AAGAGAUCAUAAAACAUGGCACUUCACACUCUGUUCAUUACUGUUUUGUUAACUUCCUUGGUCCUUCCCUUUCUGGUUACCAGAUCUAACUCUUUGGAGACCAAUGGCAGUGCAAGCCAAACCGCUGAGAGUGACCUUCUAGAAUUUGCCCUAAAUUUAGAUUUUUUGGAGGCUGAGUUUUUCUUGGUUGGUGCUGAGGGUCGUGGAUUGGAUGCUUAUGCUCCAGAGUUAGCCAACGGAGGACCCCCUCCCAUCGGAGGCAGAAGGGCCAAUCUGGACCCUGACAUAAAAAAUGUCACCUUUCAGUUUGGUUUAAUAGCAAUUGGACAUAUAAGGUUCUCUCUCUAGUUUCCAACUACAAAAUUCACUUUUUUGACAUCUUUAUUUCAAAAGUAAUACCAAUAUACUCUUCUUAACACAAAUUUUUAUUAGUUAAAAUUUAUUAGUUUUA